AACGUCAGUCAUGUGCACGUCCAUACUAGCUGUAGCAUACUUCCAUAGUAGCGAGUGAUAUACUAUAUUAUCCUAUUGUCGCUAACAUUAGUGACCUUCAUACUGUUUCCAUUUUUUGUGUCGUAAAUUUACCCCCCACCGUGAUGGAUGCUCUCCUCUCCAGACUCUUCUCCUCGGAAGAGGAAGAGCUGUACGUUUUGGACCGUAUGGCUUACUUUAUGAUUUUCAUGGCAGCCUGCACUUUCGUUACCUUGCUCUUCGAAAAUGUCCCAUACGGGCGAUAUGCUAGCAGCAAAUAUGGAUUUCCAGUUAAUGUCAGGUUUGCCUGGUUCGUUCAGGAGAUGCCUGCUUUCCUUGUGCCUUUGUGUCUGGUUUGUUGGACCUCCUCUGUGAAAACCUCACUGCUGCCCAACCAGCUGCUCAUUGCCAUGUAUUUCCACCACUAUGUCCAGAGAUCCAUUAUUUAUCCCUUUUUAAUCCGGGGAGGUAAAUCAACACCAUUCGUCUCAUUCGCCCUGGCCUUUGUUUUCUGCCUCUAUAAUGGCUACAUGCAGAUUAGGUACCUGAGCCAUUAUGCUGAGUACCCUGAAUAUUGGGUUACACAUCCAUGCUUCAUCACUGGGUCUGUACUGUGGUUGGUCGGCUGGCUGGUGAAUGUGCACUCUGACCACAUCCUGAGGAACCUGAGAAAGCCCGGCGAGACUGGUUACAAGAUUCCCACAGGUGGAAUGUUUGAAUAUGUGUCUGGAGCCAACUUCUUAGGAGAGAUAACAGAGUGGGCAGGCUUUGCACUGGCUGGCCACUCUGUUCACAGUUCAGCCUUUGCCAUCUUUACCACAGUGGUCCUCACCAGCAGGGCUGUGGCCCACCACAAAUGGUACCUUGCUAAGUUUGAAGACUACCCAAAAAGCAGGAAAGCCUUGAUUCCAUUCCUGUUCUAGAAAACACUUUGAGCACUGGAGGCGAGAAAAGGAGAGGCAACAGUUAGCACUCCUCCAGAGGAAAUAAGAUAGUGAUUGGAGCAUACCUCAACAGCAGUACAGUGGAUUUAUAACACUCUGCACCAGCAGGAAACACUUUUAAGGCUUCUCUGGUGAUCUGCAUAUUCUCGCAGAUGGAACAUAAACUAAGAAGUGCAAAGCAGGCAUUUCAAGUUUUCAUUCAUCCCCAAGAAUUUUUUUUUAUAUCCAUUUGAAUUAAAUACUGUAGAUAGAAAAGGGACCUUGAAUUAACUCCAACACGUUUUCCUGCCUCAUUUGGCUCUGGGUGUCAUCAGAGAGACUUUUCUACUACUUCAUCAUCUGAAACUCCUGAUAGAGAUGCCACUUUGGACCAAAAGGUAACUGCAUCUCCAUCCUGUCAAGACGGAGACAGUAGGAGGCCUGUCCCCAUCUACUGGGCUACAGGGAAAUCAAAGGGAGCUCAUGCAUGGCCCUCAAUAACUCACCCAUGCCUGAAAUGAGAAGAAGAGAGCGGUGCCUCGAUGCAUCGCUCCUGUCAGGGUUUCUCAGAAAGAGAGUAAAGAAGAACUGGUGAAGAAACGAAAGGGAAAAGUAUUUGUGGAGUACACUAGAAACACUGACAUUGAUCUUAACAUCACUUUUGCUCUACUACUGUUUUGUAAUGAUGUUUACCGUGAGCCAAUUAACCUUGUCAGUGUGACUUAGGACUUUUCUUGAAUCAUGUCUUAUUUUUUGGAUACUAAAAAUUUGAACUGCCUUACAUUCAGUGCUUCUCCAAAUAGGUUUACAUUGGAAACAAGUGCAAAUAUAACUUCACUUUGGUAAAACCUCACAUUCACGUAUGGUGAAAAUGACACUGGCUCACUCACUUCUUAAGCCGGACAGUUUAGAUUGUGCUGUAUAUACUGAAGCUUUCCCAGGAGUACCUGUUCCAAAAAGUGUCGGCUUCAGCUUCUUCUCAUAACUCAUCAGUUCUCUCUCUCCCAAUGUAGGACAUUUUCCAACCAGUCAUAGCCAAGGUCAUGUCAUUAUUAAUUUUUUUAAAUUGGUUGUAUCGAAAAUGAAUGUAUUUUGUCAUCGUUUUUACACAUGGUGUCAUCAAUAAAUACUAGGCGUGUGUGAGUGCGAUGAAAAAUGAAGGCUGCAUCUUGCUGAAGGGCUAUGCAGAGUGAUAUCCUUCAUGUUGACGAUCCACACUCAGUCUCUCUCCUUCUCUUCCAGGCUAUUUCUUCUGUGUAUCCUCUUUAUCCAAGCCUCUUAUAAUUGCAUCACUAUAUUACACAGCCAGCAUUUACCGAGGCUGACAUCUUACUUUAAUGCCAUUCAUCUGCAAGCAGACACCAACAGAUUUUCUUUUUUAUAUGCAAAGCAACUCAAUGAAAUGGCUUGUAACUCUCAGACUCACACUGUAUUCAUUCAUGCAGGCAGCAGAUACUUCGCAAGAGGAGCUGUUCUGUAAUAUUCAAUAUACAUGUCAACCUGUGCCACACAGGAAAGAAAACCCAACGGCAGCAGCAGCAGUUGAGGCCUGCAGGGUCUCCUACAGGCAAAGAUAGGAACAGCUGCUUCAAUUUUAACACAUGCGCCACCUUCAGGCAAAGAGAGUCACAGCUGCAGUUAUUGUUUUUUUUUAAUGCCUGCUGUUAAGUACAUGGGUGCCCAAGUGGCUUUGAGAAUUCAAGUUGUAGCUACAGAACACCAAAUGCUCACUUUUUAAGAUUUUGUGAUUCAGUUUAUCAUUUAUUUUUCUGUCUAAACAUGUAUGCAUGUUAGGUUUUUUUAGGCAGUAGACCAAUAAGACAGGUGACAGGAGAAACAAUGAGCGGACCAGAGCCGCCUAUUCAGGAUAUAAAAAACAAGCAUGUAAAUGAUUUCAAUCAACACCAAAAUUUGUAGUUUAAAAUAUUAAGCAUCCAUUACAGAACUUUAAAGUAAUUACAUUGCUACAUCUUCUUUUGUUCCUUUCUUUGGCCUCAUAUUGUCCAGGUAACAGAGCUCCAUAGAGAAGUGGACCAGCAACUUUAUUUUGCUGGUUUAAAAUAUGUGACAAGUGUGAUACGUAAAAAGCAACGUGUAAAAAGCAAUGCAUGAAAAACAAACAUAAAGCCUCAAAGAGUAAUAAAGAGCAUGUGUUAAAAACAAACAAAAGAAAACAAAAAAAGCUAGUACAAUUAUUGCCUGCAGGUAGAGCAAGUGUGACAUUUAAAGAA